GAUCCUGACCCCGAGGAGCAGGCAAGGAAUGUGCGCCAUCUCAGCAAAUAUGUUUUCCCUUUGCAAUACGGGCUCCCAAAUGUUUUCGGUCACGUUGCCAACAGGAGUGAAACCUACCGUCAGCCUCUUUUUGCUGACAGGGAAUAUGACAUCAGGCUCCUCGGGAGAUGCAAAACUCCUAAGCGCCUCAAAGAUGUACUUCUGUUGUUAGACAAGAUGAUAUGGAGGCACGGGAAGUGUGCGUACAAGCCUUUAAGAGACAAAGUUUGCCCUUCGAAGGUGUGA